UUACAUAAUUGUCUUUCUGGGAGUUGUGCUAAAGUCUAGCUGGUGCAGACCUGCACUUGUCAUCUACUAUGAACUGAAGUGAUGUCUUGGUUUAGAUGAUAUCAGUGAUGCCGGUUUUUAACUGUUUCUCCGCCUUCUUCUUCUCUAAACCCCUCCCUAUCCAGUCUCUUCUUUAACAGGGUGCAGAGCAGUCAGUGCAGUUACUGGAUUAGAUACUCAUCUCCUCUUGGCUGACUGAAGGCUCUAUUACCAAAGAAGAAUUAAAUUCAGCACUGGUUGAGAGGUUGCUGAGAUCCGCGCCUUAUACCAUCUCCACAGAAGUGGGAAGAGUCCACACAUGGAGGGAAGAGUCCACCCAGAGAGAAGCAGGAAUGAAAAAGUGUUGAACUGCUUAUGCCUGAGACCCAGCGCGAUUUUCAGGCUGAUCUGCUUUCCCUGGGCAGGCAGCGGCUCUCUGUAUUUUGCGAAAUGGGGCGAAAAGAUUCAUGAUUCAUUGGAAGUGUACUCUGUAAGAUUUGCUGGAAGAGAAAGUCGGAUUGAAGAACCUUUUGCAAAUGACAUUCAUGAGGUGGUUGAUGAAAUCGUUUGUGCUUUGCUGCCACUUGUUCAAGAUAAACCAUUUGCAUUUUUUGGACAUAGCAUGGGAUCCCUUAUUGCUUUUAUGACUGCACUGCACCUGAAAGAAAAAUAUAAGUUGGAACCAAUGCACCUUUUUAUGUCAAGCGUAACUCCUCCCUAUUCAAAGGCCUGGAUUUCAUUGCCCAAACCGGAUGACUUGUCAGAAGAACAAAUUAGAAGUUACCUUGUAGAUUUUGGAGGCACCCCAAAGGAUUUUAUCGAGAGCCAGGAAAUUGUCCAACAAAGUUUUCCCAUUGUAUUGGCAGACUUACGCGUUGUAAGUACAAUUAGCUUCAACAUUUUCUCAGAGGAAGUCCUUUCUUGUGACGUCACAGCCUUUAUUGGAUCUGAAGACAUAGCAAAGGAUAUGGAAGCCUGGAAAACUGUAACCAGUGGAAGUUUUGAUCUUCAUGUACUGCCAGGAAAUCACUUUCAUCUUAGGGAACCUGUCAAUGAGGAAUUCAUCAGGAACUACGUAACCAAGUGUCUAGAAUUGUCUUCACUUGCCAACUUUUAGCUAUUUUCUUUUUGGCCUUAAAAUAGUCAAAAGUGUUGGGCUAGGCAAAGUGACAAAGGCCUGUAAUACUAGCACUUUGGAAACUACGGCUGCUUGAUUGCCAGUUUAACACAAGCCUGGGCUACAUAGCAACUCUGUCUCAAAAAUAAAAAGGAGGGGGAGAUCAUAUACUGUUCUCAUAGUUAUUUAAAUGUAGCUCCUUAAUUUUAUUCAGAGCUUAGAAAUUAUACAUCUUCUCUUAAGAGUGAUUUGUUUAUGUACUAAUGUAUCAUUCCAUGGAACUUUUAUGUAUCAGGGGAUAAAGGAAAAACAGCUAAAAGAAUGCUUCUAACUCAGUUAAUUUUCACCUGUGGGAAGGCUGUCAAUAAUUUUCUUGGCAAAUUAUCUAUUUGUUUUUGCUUCAAUAAUUAUUAUUGUUACUAUUUUGCAGCGCUAGGGAUUGAACCCAAGGCCUCAUGCAUGCUAGGCUUGCCAUCACCAGGCAAGCAUUCAUCCCCAGCCCCAUGCAGCUCUUUUAAUGGUGUAAGUGAUUGUCAGGGGAAAUGCAUGGAAUUAAAAUCACUGUUUUAGCAACCCA